AUGUCGACAAUCGCCUCUCCGCGCGACUCCUCCGCCGCCCCGGGCCUGCGCCGCCUCCCCUCCGCCUCCGGCACGCCCACCUCCUCCGGCCGGCCGUCCCUCGAAGCCGCCCGCUCGGCCGUCACCUCGCCCGUCAACAACGCCAACCCCACAGCCGCCGCCGGCACCGCCAGCGCCACCUCAACAACAGCAGGAGCAGCUACGGCGGCCGCCAAGCGCUCCAACCGCGCCGCCCUCCGCGAGUACUACAACUUGCGCGCUGCUGCCGCAGCCGCCGCCGCGACGACGACACCGCGCAUCGAGAUACCGGAUUCGGAGGUGCCGGCCAGCGACCUCGACGCGGCAGACUUCAACGCCGAUGAGUACGUGGCCAGGGUCGUCGCGGAGAGCGGGCUAGAGGACCUGCUGCGGCUAUACGCGCAGGUGGUGGGUGAGGUGCGGGCGCUGGACGCGGAGAAGAAGGCGCUCGUGUACGACAACUACAGCAAGCUCAUUACGGCAACGGAGACGAUACGAAAGAUGCGUGCAAACAUGGACCCUCUGAAUCCCAUGGCCUCGACGCUCGACCCGGCCAUUGCCCAAAUCUACAGCCAAGCCUCGUCAAUACGAGAGGCCGCGCGCGCCUCGGUACCAGCGCCAGACACGGAGCAGGGCCAGAAGAGGGAAGCGGACGCACGCAGGAGACGUACUAAGGAGCUCGCGGCGGAGGCGCUAGCCAUGCCCUCGCGGCUGCAGGCCUUGGCGAGAGAGGGCAAAAUGGAGGAGGCAAGGAGGAAAUGGGAGCUGCCGCGGAAGCUGCUUGUGUCAUGGAAAGAAAAGGGCGUCGGGGGCGAUGAUGUGCAGGCGCUCAUUGACGAGGGCGACGCGAUAGUGAGGCCGAAGAGGGAACCCCCGUCAGCCCGGACAUCCACAGCCAGCCGAUAA